ACGCUGUCCGCAAGCUCCUCCAUUUUUAACAGACAAAAGCCCUAAACCGCAAAACCCCUAAACCAGCCAUGCACUCCCCCCCUCUCUCCAACCACAUCUCCCGCCUUUUCUACCACUCUCUUCGAAGAAUCUCGACCGUCCGUCGCCCCCAGGCCCUCAUCGAGGCACAGGAAGCCCUCACCGACUACCUCCACUCCACCCGCUCCUUACCCUUCACCCACGCGGAGCACAUUAGCACCAAUUCCCCUUCUUCUCUCUCCGCCCUCCUCUCCAAAAUCAAAUUCCCCUCCUCCAACGUCUCUCAUGUCCUCCACCGGUUCCUCCGCUACCACCCCAUCAACGAAUUCGAAUUCUUCUUCGAGAGUAUCGGCCUCUCUCCUCCUGAAAUCCCAGCCUUUCUUCCGGCCCACCAGUUCUUCCUAUCCGACGCCAGCAAUCUCGUCUCUGUUGUCCGCGCUCUCGUGGAAUACGGGUUCCCAUGGAACAAGCUCGGGAGGAUCUACAAGGAGGAAGUUUCGAUUUUUGGCGAGGACUUGGGGAGAUUGAAGGAGCGGCUACGUGAGUUAGAAGCGUUGGGGUUUAAUAGAGUCUCGGUGGUUGGGAUUUGCUUGGCUUUUCCGUCAGUUUUGGAUGGGAAUGGCAGUUUGGGUGGUGGGGUCGAUGCAUUGCUCGAUGACUUGAAACGAGUUUUUUUCGAUUUCGAUUUGGUGGGGUCCGUUGGGGGGAAUCUGGAUGCUUGCUAUGAGGUCUGUAGGAAGAUUCGGGUUUUCUACGAUCUGGGUUGCGAGAAGGGGAAGACGGGGGAGCUGAUCGGGACGAAUCGGGACAUCUUGUUUGAAUUUGUGGAGGAGGUGUUGGUCGAGAAGGUGGAAUUCUUUUGUAGGCUGGGUGCAAGGAAGGAGGACGUCGGGUUGUUUAUUCUCCGUUGCCCUGAGAUUUUGAAAUUUGAAUUAGAGGGACGUGUGAUAACAAUAUUCGAUUAUUUGGAACAGCUUGGGUUGGAUCACAAGGAAUUGACUUCGAUUGUUUGCCAAUAUCCUCACGUUUUGGGCAAGAACAGGUUGAGGAAUUUACCUCAGUCGAUGAGAGCUUUGGAUCUUCACAGCUGGUUUGCUGAUAAGAUCAUGAAUGGGAAUCAUCACCUUCUACCAGGUUUUGUAACUGGAAAUUACGAAGAGGAAUUGGAAAAGGAUUUUAGAAAUGACAUUGAGAGAAUCAAUCACCCAACCAAGCAUCAUCACAUGUCUGGUAAGUUGGAUUUCUUGCUCCAAAUCGGCUUUGGAAACAAUAGGCAUUCUAUAGAGAUCUUGCGCCACAUGCAUGGCACGGGGAUCCAGUUACAAGAACGAUUCAAUUGCCUCCUUCAAAUGGGGAUUGAGCACUCCAAGCUCUGUAAGAUGAUAAGCAUGUCUCCAAAAAUCCUCAACCAGAACACGGAUAUGCUCAAACAAAAGUUAGGCUUUACUUUGAUGGCUUUCUAUCCAUUCAUCCCCGGUUUCUUGCAAAUGAUCUUUCGUUGAUCAUAACACACGAGGUACAAAGGUUCCAUCUUUAUUGAAUUCUGUAAUAGAUUAGUGUUUUCUCCGGCAUUAUUAGAUUGUUUAUCAUAGCUCUUUGGCAUUCAAUCUUUACACCCAGGUCUUUGAUGAAAUGUUAGGAGCUUGCUGUGGACUUCUUUAUUUCUUAGCCCCUUUAUCCAUGCCGCACUCUGCAUUGCCCCAGUGCUACUCAAGUCAGCCUUCAUCUCUUUUUACCACCAAGUGUUCGAUACUGAGAAUUAGCUAGGAUGCAAGAAAACGAGAGAAGUUUACAAUUCCAAGUCCCAAAUGAGGGACUUCGCCUAUACAUACGCCCAUUAAGGCUCUAGAUGAAUACCUCAGUGGAUAAGAUUAUGCUAAAAUGCUCUAGAAUCUUUCUUCACCAUCCCACACCCAUCUAGCUACAAGAUUCUUCUUCCAAAUAACUCUAUAACCUUCUUGAGAUUCCUAUACUUCUCAACAAGUCUUUAUUCGAUAUGCACAAGAUGAGCCAGAAAAGGCAAAUUCCUUUGAGUAAGCCUCCAAGCCUGUGAUGAGGUGCCAAUGGAUGAACAGAAGCAAAGACAAGGGCCUUGAGAAAUGCAUCACUUUAGAUGGUAUGUUGUCGGGUAUGCGUCUAGUGCAUGUACCAUCAAUGGGGAUGAAGUCCGAUGGGCUGGUUGGCGUUUGGCCAAGUGGGUUAUUAGCAAGGUUUACAAGCCAAAAUGGAGAUCGAACAGGUGGAGCGGUUGGUUCAAUCUGAACGGAUUCAGUUGUGGAUGUAACAUGGACAUAAUAACCAUGUCUGUUUUUUCUUCUUAAGGACCAUGUACGGAACCAAGUAGUAAAAUCCUUUCUUGAGGACCAUGGGGUGAUGGAAUGGAUGCCGCUGCCGGUUCACAGUUGUUCAUUUCAAUUAAACGAUGGUUUGAAUAGCUUUUAUGGUCUAUAAUGGUUCGAUUUUAACUGAAUUGCAUCUCUCUGCCAUAGGGUUAGGUCCAUUUUUAAAUGUUGGGAUUUGUGGAAGCACACAAAGCAGAAUCAAGCAAAGUAAUGGAAAUCGAACAGACAAACUCCAACAAAAUGGCAAUCCGAAUUUUAUAUGGAAAAACCGUUGUGGAAAAAAAAAAAAACACGGCACAAAGCGACAAGUAAUGCACUAUGAAAGCAAUAUUAUAAGAGAGAGUAGAUCUUAUCGAUUUGAACAACCCUCGAAUCACCUUGAAUCUCUAGCUUUGCCCUUCAACCCUUUAAAACAACUUAGAAAGCCCUAAUCACCUCUAAUCCUCGCCAUAAUCCCGAUUACACCUGGUAUAUAUAUUACCCAACCGGGAUAGGAAACAAAUC